AUGUUCAUUCUCGACCUUUUGGACAAUCUACCACGAUUACGGCUCUCUGAUGAUCAUCUCAAAGUGGUCAUCUGGGCGUUGAGAGAGUGUGGAGCCGAGAAUGUUCCAUCAUUCACCUCGCUGCGAACGAAACAGGCUCAGCUCACCAAGGAGAUGAAUAUCAAGACAACGCACCAUACAUCAGCCCAAGAGAACCACUUCUAUGCGACGUGCCCAUCAGAGACUAGCCGACUUGAUUUUGCAAAUCCUCUUGUGCGACCACAUAUGAGGUUCCUGCCACGCAUCGGUGCACCUGUCUCGGAGUUCAGAGAUGGUGAGAAAUGGCUCGACAUGAAUGACGAAGCACUCGAGAGAGGCCAGCUCAUGUGGAUGGACGAGAAGACACCGCACCGGCACUUCUACAUCAAGGAACUCGCGCGGCUGCAGGAUGGACGCUACGUGAUGCCGCUGAGAUUUGUGGAAGAGAAUGAGGUGGACUGUCUUGAUGGCUUCCUCGUAGUCCAUUAUCCUGCGACGGGGUUAUUUGUGGUUCGUAAUCAGGAGUUCAUCCGUGUAGCGGCAAGGGAGCUGCAAGACAACGUGAUAGAGAUACAGGCAGGUCUCAACAUACAAUUUGAUGAGCUUGCGCCUCCAUGGGUUCGGAAUGUGCGCCAUCCAGUCCGAGCUACAGCUCUCAAACGCCCAACAUUCACGGUCCGAUUGAUGGCUUGGUGCGAUGAUGUCUCUGGAAACAAAACGAAGCAAUACAAUGCUCAUACCAAUGUCUACGUCGCAAACAUCAACCUCCCGCAUGAGAAACUCAAACAAGAAUACUUUGUUCGCUUUUGCUCUACAUCGCAGCAUGCGUCGUCGUCCGAACAACUUGAAGAGCUUGCCAAAGACACGGGUCCGGACAGAUGGCAUACAGCCUACGAUUGCAAGCUUCAACAGGAAGUCUUGUUCCGCAUCAUCCCACAUGUCUUCCCAGCGGAUAAUCCCCAGCAAUCAGAACAUUGUUCGCACAUUGGUGGUAAUGGCAACAAACCCUGUCGAGCUUGCAAGAUCGGCGGCACCGCAAAGGAGCGGGAAACAGACGAGAAAUAUGAAACAUUUUUCGCGGCUGGACCUCAUCGCACGACGGAAUGGACAAUCAGCCAAAUCGAGUCACAGCUAUGGAUUGCGGGCCUUGGUGUGCAGGAUACAGUGGAUCUUAUGCAGACGAACACGGGAGUUAAAGACAAGACCGCCCAAUACUGGAUUAGCAUCCUGAUUAAGAAAGCGCGUGCACUGCAACACGAGCGAAUAGCAGCAAUCGCAACGAGGGACCCGCGCUUGAAUGAUCGUACCUGCAACCGUGACGCCGAGGCCAAACAGGCUGUAAAGAACACAAUCUCCCAUGAGAUACAACAGGAACUGCACGAUUGGCUUGUCCGUCAGCCUUCACAGAGCUAUGAUGCGCUCCCAGCUACUUCCCCACUUCGUGAUACGCUGCGACCAGGGGACCACUACAAUGUUCUGCUCGGGCUCCCUGGCGUUGAAAUUCAUUUCGAUACACCAGGUGAGAUUCUGCACACUUACCUACUUGGACAGGAGAAGUAUGUUUGGCACAAGACGACCUCGCCCUGGGACAAGAAGAAGGACGAACUCUUUGCGGCACGGCUUCGUAGUACCUCGGUCGAUGGUUUGACCUUGCCGCCUCUUCGCGCAGAGUAUCUGCUGCAAUACAAGAAUUCACUUGUCGGGAAGCAUUUCAAGGCGUUGCAACAGGUUGGUGUGUUCCAUCUACACGACGAUCUGUGCUCCGAUCUUGUCCGGCAACUCUGGAAAGCAACUGGUGAACUCGGCGCAAUGCUAUGGUACAGUAAGAUAAGGAGAAUGGAUGAGUAUUUGGCAGAUCUAGAGAUUCUCAUCGCGAACGUUCUCGACGUCUGGGUGCUCAUCGAUCCGAAUCGAAUCCUCACCAAAAACAAGCUCCACGUCCUCGCUCAUUUGAUAGCGAACAUUCGCCGCUUCGGUCCCGCGAUUUUGUACUCCACAGAAGUCUUCGAGUGCUGGAACGCUAUCUUCCGAUUCUGCAGCAUCCUCUCGAACCAUCGCGCACCGAGCCGUGACAUCGCUGUUGCAUUGGCCGAUAUGGAGCGCUUCAAGCAUCAGGUGAGCGGCGGCUGGUGGUGUAACUCCGCAGGCGAAUAUGUUCGGGCAGGGGACAGAGUUUGCACGUUCCUUCAGGAGAGUCCGAAUCUGCAGCGGCGUCUGGGCUGGGUGGAGGAUAUACAAGCAACACUAAUAGUUGGCACGGCGAAGCUAGAGGCACGGCUCAAGCGAUGCCCGUCUAGCUGGGCCGAUGCUAUUGCACCAUUAUCGCUUCCACCGCCGACGCAUGAUGGCGCACCAAACUCUUUAGAUAUAACAAUCUUCCAGCAGUGCAAAUUCUUGGUGUCGCAAGCAAAAGACAUUUGUAAGCCUGGUUCGUGGGUGUUUUUCAAGCCUACAGACGUGCGAGCAGGGCGUAUCUUCAAGAUCCUCUCUCCUGUUGGUGGCAGAGAAGCGAUCGCCGUCGUACAAUGUUUCGACAUCAUGGGAGAACGGGAUGACUAUCUCAAUAUGCCCAUCCUUACUCCCAGUGAUCGGCACCCUCAGCUUGUCCCCCCAAGGUCUGAUAUCCUCUUCAUCUUCAAUGCACAGCAUGACUGCCGUGCCUGUCAUUGCACCACAACCGCGCUGGAGCACAUCGUUCAAGAGCGAGUUGUCACGGCCCGAACCCGACUCCACGUUACACACGCAGAAACACCGCGUUUUCUGCUGAACAUGCAUGCUCUUCACAAUGCAGACCUCGUUCGCGAGACCUUACCGCGGAAUCUCACAGAGCCUCGGUAUUAUCUUGCUGACCGCAAGGCACAGCACCGUCGCAUUGCCACGGACCUACGUGUCACUGGCGGAGCCCGGAGGGCACAAGCUGCUGCUAAGGCUGCCCAGACUCGCAUUCGUAACAAAGAGGCUCGUGCGGCAACGACUUCGAGCCACAAUCCUCAGGCUCAGACGCAAGCAGAUGGUACCAAUGAUCCACUUAUCGCAGGUUCGCCAGUCGCUCAUAGCCUCAUAUGUGCUUGUUCGAAUGACCUUAUCAAAUUGCAGACUCGGAGACCAGUGUGGCGAAUGAAGAUACUGGUACUACUAGACAGGACGACGAUGUGGAGAUGGAAGACGUGA